AUGACUACUGAAGAGAUGACGCUCGCAGAGAUGAAAGCGGCCUACGAGAAGGCCCAAGCAGAGCUGGCCCAAGAAAGGGCCUCCAUUGAAAACCUCCAGAAGGAGCUCGAAUCCGUGAAAAUUACCAAGUAUCAAUCGCGUUACAAGCCAGGUGCAAAACCGAAGAAGUUAAUAUUCGAGAUGACUGACGACUCUGAGGACCUGUCCGACGGCGAGGAGCCUCAUGGGGAAGAGGAUGAAGCAACACCGGACCCCGUCACCAAGCGCCUAAAUAAGAUGGAAAAUCACAUGAAGAAGCGAUGCUCACACGUCAACUUCUACAAGCAGCGAAUGUGGCAGAUCGGCAUCCCCUACGACCUGGUCGAGCCCGUCAUGUGCAAAUCCUUCGGAGGAACCCUCGACGGAGCAGCCCUGGAAUGGCUCAUGAACAUAACACCUGGAUCUAUCUUCUGCCUGUCCGACCUCAUCAACGCCUUCUACCAACAAUUCGCCAGCAGUCGCCAGUUGGAGAAACAAACAAGUGACCUCUAUCGGUUGGUCCAAGGACCUACCGAGUCGGUACGCGAUUAUUUUAACCGUUUUAAUUGUGAAAAAAUUAGCAUAAAAAACUGUGAUGUCAGGACAGCCAUCGAAGCCUUCAAGAGAGGUCUCGUCCCCAACUCGGAGCUGUACCGGGAACUAACCAAAUAUCCCUGUGCAACCUUCGAAGAAGUCCGAUCGAGGGCUACUGCCCAGAUGCGGAUUGAAGACGACGAGAUUACACGAAUGGUUUCUCAGCGACCAGCAGGGGGCAGCAGCGACAGGAGGUCGUACACCCCAAGGAACAACGGCUGGAGACACCAACCAUACAACCGCCAGAGUCAGGUACAAAAUGUCAAUCAAUAUGAUGAUACUAACAAUGUUUACAGGAAUGAACGGGUCGUUUAUCCCCCCAUCUCCGAGUAUGGCUUCAACGUCGACAUCGGAGGCGUGGUAAACGCCCUUCAAAGUGUAGGUGGUACCGUCAGAUGGUCUAAGAAGAGCGACAGACCAGACUCUACGAAGGACAUGAGCAGGUGGUGCGACUUCCACCGCGACAAUGGCCACACAACCGAGGAAUGCAUCUCCCUCAAAAAGGAGGUGGCGUAUCUAUUGAAAAGAGGCCACCUGAAGGACCUACUGAGCGACAAAGGAAAGGAGACGUACAACAAGGAUAGAAGCUCCCAACCCAACCGAGCACCAAGCGGCGACCGACCGGCCCCGCCCACGUUCGAAAAAGUGGUAAACGUUAUUUCUGGUGAUUCAGAUAUAUGUGGACUAACUUCUUCUGCAGCUAAAAAAAUCAACAGGGGCGAAUCUGAAGCCGUCAAAGAGGGGCAGACCGAAGACGAAGUAGCACUCAACAAGUCAUUAGCAGCGAUGAUAAUAACCUUCGACGACUCAGAUUCAACCGACACAAUACAGGAACAUCAUGACAGGCUAGUCAUAUCGCUCCCAAUAGGCAACGCUCUCAUCAAAAGGAUAUUGAUCGACAACGGCAGUUCAGCAAACGUAUUGUUCCUAGAGGCUCUGCAGGAAAUGGGACUAGACGAAAAGAGUAUAAUCAGAAGGUCGACAGUCAUAGUAGGAUUCAGUGGAGAAUCGCUACGAACAGUAGGAGAGAUAUCGCUGCCUACGUACGCAGAAGGUGUUAAUGUGAUGACCAAGUUCAACGUCGUCGACUGCCCAUCAGCAUACAACGUCAUUUUGGGACGACCAUGGAUCCACAAAAUGAAGGCGGUGCCGUCGACAUACCACCAGUCAAUCAAGUUCCCAACCAAAUGGGGAGUCAUGGAAAUCAAAGGACAACAAAGGGACGCAAAGAAAUGUUAUGAAACGGCGCUGAAACCAUCAAAGUCAUCCAUCUAG